CAUUUCCGGAGGUUUGUAUGGUCUUCAUCAUAAUGGCUUGAACAAGCCUGCUCUUCAGCUUCGCCUUAGCUGGUUUCAUUAUGCUGUCUCUUUCCGAGAUGGCUUUUGGGGUUUCAAGGGUCGAUCAACUGGUACCAAAGAUACCUUUCGUGUCGAAGCCAGUCGUCAUGGAGGUCCCAGGAGGAUUAACCUUCUCCAAGGAUGGAGGAUCAAAAGUAAACUUACAAGAUCCCGAGGUCCAAAGGGGUGGGACUAUAGGGCUAACGUCAAAGGAUGGGUUAGCAGGUGUGGAUGAUGGUGGGAGUCACGGCCUAAAAUUAAAAGACGGUGAGGUUUUACACGAUUCGAAACAUGAAAAUGUGGAAAUUAUGAAUGGUGCGCCGUCUUUGAAACGAAGUCAUGAAAUUAAGGCAAACUACAAGACAGGCCAGGUGACCAAGGAUGUCGGAACUGAAGCCAAUGUAGGAGCCCCUAUUGAUGCGGAUGCAAAUAACCGAAAGCCAACUAAGGAUGCACCCGCCAUGAAAAAGAGUGAUGAUGGAAACUACAAAUAGAAACAGGUUGUAGACAAGACCAGGGCUUUUCCAUUUAUUAUC